AGGCCCAUGAUAUCCAUCUAAAGUUAACGUUUUUAUUAUCUUAUUAAUGUGUUCGUAAUGUAUAUAUGUACAAAUUUAACAAAACUUAUACUACGUGCGCGAGUGACGUCAUUGACAAAAAUGAAUAGUUGGAAAGAAUAUAUUUAAAGUUUGCUUAAAUAUUACAUGAGAGCAUAUUCAUUUAGUAUGUUAAGGUAGUUUCAACAGAGCUUGUUUUGAAUGUCUUGACGAAAUUACAUGUAUCUGAUUUUGUGUCUCCCUUACACACUAGCCUUGACUUUUCGCUCACUCAUUGGGUAUGACCAGCGAUUGCACCAUGCAGCCGUAUAUGAGCAAAAGAGAAAUUAGCUUCCCCUUUUGAUGCUUGUCACUUACCGCUUACCGCACAUAUACAUAGAUGUAUAUACUGUAUAUUAAGCCACGAUCUAUUAACGCGCCAAUCAAUAGUCAAAGGACUUUGUACUCAGCAACUGUCUAUAUCAGACAUUUAGGAAACAGCAUUAGCUUUAACGCUUACGUCAUUAGUGUUCAGGAGGACUUAUUUAUCAGUUGGCGGAGACGAUGAUUGAGUUUGGGUUUGCCGCUCAGGCGGUUAAGAGAACUAUGGAUUAUCAACAUGGGUGGCAUUUCAUCUCUAAGCCUAGAACCUCGACAACUUCGUCACGGAGGAGCAUUAAUUUCAUAAUUUUGAUGUGUUUGGUUACCAUUAAUGUGCUUUUUGUUGCUGAAGCUGUUGGACAGGAUCAAAAUGCGCCGCCAAUUUUAUAUGUUCGAGAGCGAAACUGGCGAAUUUCGGAAGCAGAAGAGGUGGGCCAGAUUAUUGACCGUGUUCGUGCCGAAGAUGCUGAUGGCGAUGAUUUGGUAUUCGGAAUCGAACCACGUUUCCUCUCUCCAAUUGGAGCAAAUCAACAGGCCAACACACCAAGCAAACUGCCCUUCCGCAUUGAUCCCAAUACGGGUGUGGUCUACCUCAACGAAAGUUUGUUGGGACGCGCCGGUGAAAAUUUUCUAAUUUACAUAACUGUCUCAGAUGGCCGGUACACCGCCAAAAAUGAAGUGUUCAUUAACAUACUGGGACGCCGGGAAAGCAAUGGAUUUCAGGGCUUUGGAUCUCGUUCACCGCCAUCUAUUUCUAACGUAGUGCAGAACAUUUCCCAGUUUUUGCCCUCAUUCGACCAGCUACCAGGAGUACAGUCGAUUAGAAAUGGCUUGCCAAACAGGCGGCCGGACAUCAAUGGCGCCAACUUCGGAUUGCCAAAUUAUACAAAAUUUUAUACACCAGUAUCAACACAAGAUUUGAGUCAAAGAGAAGAUGCGAACUUAAUAGAAUCAGAGCCGACAGUGGCAUCUGUCUUGCCACAAUCAACAAAAGGUUCCACUCUGCCGACGUCGCGAAGUCGCAUUAAGCUGAUACCAAUAGCAAAUUACACCUCAGAAAAGUCGCUUGUAUCUCAGUCAGAGUCAAAAACCAAUGAUAAAAAGAAUGUCGAUGAAACUAAGGCACUCUUCAGCAUUAACUCAUUCUCAACACCAAUUAUAAUAGGAAUUUGCGGAAUUCUUGCAGUAGCUGUAGUUAUUUUCGCCUUUGUCUGUCGCCGUCACCUAUGCGCUAUAAGCAAAACGAUGAAAAAGACUAAGGAGAAGGAAGAGCUGGCCAAGAAGUCCAAUCCUAGUCAACUUAGCAACACGCUUACAAACGACAGUCGCAAUUCGAUGGUUAUGCAACAGUGGCAAGGUCCUGCCGCCUUCGCAAAUCGCUAUGUGCCCUGGGAGCGGGAGCAACAGCUUGGAAUAACGUCACCGACUAGUGCCGCAAAUAACGUGGAUGUUUUAUCGGUCGCUUCCACUGUGCAAGCUGCUGGCUCAGGUGCCUCAUUACCCAAAGGCCGUGCCGUUUCAAUGGAAGGAGGCUUAGGCACUGACGACAACACCGAUCAGUGGGAAUUUCCAAGACACCGAUUGAAGUUCUUUAAUAUAUUGGGGGAAGGUGCCUUUGGGCAAGUGUGGCGCUGUGAAGCAACCGAUAUUGAUGGCUCUGGAGGUGUCACUACAGUUGCUGUUAAAACUCUGAAGGAGAGUGCAGAUGAAGUUGAAAAAAAAGAUUUGCUUUCCGAAUUGGAGGUGAUGAAGACUCUGGACCCACAUGUAAAUGUUGUUCGUCUAUUGGGUUGCUGCUCAGAAAAGGAUCCAACAUUCGUUAUACUUGAGUAUGUAAGUCGUGGGAAGUUGCAAACAUAUUUAAGAAACUCCAGGGCAGAAAGACAUUAUGGAAAUACACACGGAAAAUCAAAUGUUUUGACCUCAGGUGACUUGACAUCAUUUAUGUACCAAGUUGCUAAAGGAAUGGAUUACCUAACGUCACGCGGAAUAAUCCACCGUGACCUUGCUGCUCGUAAUAUUUUAAUAACAGAUGAUCACACGUGCAAAGUGGCUGACUUUGGAUUUGCAAGAGAUAUUAUUACAUCGAAAAUAUAUGAGCGAAAGAGCGAAGGCAAAUUGCCAAUCAGAUGGAUGGCUACGGAAUCACUCUAUGAUAACAUAUUUUCGAUUAAAUCGGAUAUCUGGAGUUUUGGCAUACUCAUGUGGGAAAUUGUGACAUUGGGCUCAACGCCUUAUCCAGGAAUAUCUGCUGCCGAUGUUAUGCGCAAGGUUAGGGACGGCUAUCGUCUGGAAAAACCAGAGCAUUGUCGAAGAGAGCUCUAUAAUAUUAUGUACUACUGCUGGUCGCAAGAUGUAAAUGAGAGACCAACAUUCGCUGAAAUAAUAAAGAUGCUUGAUAAAUUACUGCACACUGAAAUGGAUUACAUUGAACUGGAACGUUUCCCCGACCACAAUUAUUAUAACAUAGUGAAUCUCAGUGGAGAAAAAUUGUAAUCCCCGGUUGGUUAUUUAUGCGUCGGGAACGGCUUUGCACUGCCACAAAGAGCUUUAUUACGUAUAAAUAGUUAGAAGAAAAAAAAUAUAGUCCUUACUACUAUUUUUAAUGAAACUGUUAAAGCUUGCAGCUGUAUAAAUAUUUGUUUAUUUGUACUUAUAUUAGUUACAUAAAAGUAGAAAUAAUAUAAACUUUAAAAUAGCCCUGGCUAUAUAUAUAUAAAUAACUAGCACGGGAUUUACUUGUAUAUUUAUUUAUGCAAUAUAUAUUUGAUUCAUAAAACAUAGUAUAAGAUAUAUUGAUUCCAAAAUAAUGUUAAUAACGAUCCCAUCUAUUUAUAAAUGUUACAAAUAUACAAGUAUGAUGCUAAAUAUAUACUCUGAUCUGAUUACAAGAACCGAA